AUGCUCCAAGGCGGGGCGUCCGAGAAGGUCCUGCCCCAUCUCAAAGUGCCAGCCAAUUCUGUUUUGAGGGCGCCACCGCAUAUCAACCCGUCGAAGAAACCCCAACUGCAAGCUACCGUCGGUAGUGCUCUCGAAGAUCUAGGCAUGACACGAUCAAAAGCUGCGAGAGAUGGUACACAUCAAGCAGGAUAUCAUCCACAGAACAAUAAUGGUCUACACGAUACAAGCCAGAAUUCAAGGAAAUCAUGGAGGCCAUAUAAAGGUCGUUGGGAUUCGAACAACGCCGGUUGGCGCUCCGCAACAGUGAUUUCCUCCGGAUCUGACAAUGCUGUGUCGAGCGGUUCGCGGAAGGACGGUAUACGGCGCAAUGCCAGAUCUUUUGACAGAAUGUCAAAAGAAGAACCGUCACCGUAUAGUUCGCAUCCGUCAGGCUCUCAACAAGCUCAAGUUCCCCACAUGCAAAUACAGCAGGCCUUCAAUGUGCCGUCUACCAUUCCGCCAUUUGACCCGAAUAUCAACUCGAUUCCCGUUUUGCCUAUACCAUCAAAUACACCAGACGCUUUUAACAACACGGCUAUGCAGCUGCCGUCCGUCCCGUUACACCUAUCACACUUACAAUCGCCACAAUCGCAGAAUUUGCCCAAUAAUUUCCCGUUCACCCCUUACGGUUUCCCGCCAAUGCCAGACUUGAGUAACCCUGGAAAGAUACUGCCUUUCAUGCAUCCGAUGGCCCAAUUCCCUCCCAUGAACUUGAGUGUUUCCAAUCCAGCAUUGGCACCACCAGUUUUCGGCGGAUUCCCGUUCUGUCCCUUCGACCCGAUGUAUCCUACAACAGCUGGCCCUACUGGAAGCAGUUCUCAAGGUCCAACACCGCAACCAUUGCUCCCAAUCCCGGCGCGUGAUCGGCGGUCUAAAACCCCGGAGCCUCCUGCGCCGACUAAGGAGUAUCUGACGCAAUCAUUAUUGGCCCCGAUACUAAAUCCCAACCGCCAGCCUCUACUAGUCAUUCUUGACUUGAACGGCACUCUGAUCUUUCGAAAGCAUCGACGUCUGCCCCCUUCUUUCGCCAAAAGAACAGGCCUGGACCAGUUCUUGGACGCUUUGUUGAAAAACUACAAAGUCAUGAUCUGGUCCAGUUCGCAACCAGAGACGGUAAACGCCGUUUGCGAGAAACUUUUUCCUGGCGAGAAAAGGAAGUCACUGGUAGCUGAAUGGGGCCGCGAUAAGUUGAAUCUCUCGAAAUCUCAGUACAGGUCAAAGGUGCAGGUCUAUAAGACCCUAGAGACAGUAUGGAGCAAUCAAGAGAUUCAAGCCUCGUAUCCCAGCUCCCAUCAGAGCGGUCGGUCUAAAACGAAGAAAAAGGCAGCGCGGGGGAAUUCGCGCUGGGACCAGACGAACACCGUUCUCAUCGAUGAUAGCAAACUCAAGGCACUCAGCGAGCCCUACAACAUCCUGGAAAUCCCGGAGUUCACGAACGCGCCGGGUAUCGACGAGUCUCACAUAUUCCCGAAAGUCUUGGAAUGCCUUGACGCCCUAGCCCAGCACGACGACGUCAGCAAGUUGCUCCAGCUCUGGAACUCAAAGCUCGCGACAAGCAUCGCGACAAACAGCACGAUCCUUGAUCUCGACAUCGGAGUGAAUCAGUCUCCACAACAACAAAACGGAAGUUCUUCGACCACACCCUCAACACCCCAGGAAGUAGCCCAGGCACGCAAGGAACGACGGAGAGCUCGCAAACAGGAGAAGAAAGCGGCGCGACGGGCUGCCGCCGCUAUCGGCGCUGCACCUGCGAAUGCACCCACUGCCAUUGCUAUUUCUGCCAUAACAGCUGAGGGGGUCAACGAAGGGGUUACUCCGAUUGACAGCACCCCAGCUACACAAGGUGACGACAGCGCUAUCCCGACAGAUACAGCUGUGCCGCAAUCGCAUACAAGACGUUCUCCGUCUCCCGCUUCCUCAGUGCAAUCGGAAAACUACCUUCUCGAUCGCCUAGAGGAGUCGUUGAAUGAUCGCCGCGACUGA